AUGAAGAUCAUUGAAUUUUUGAUUGUUGCUGUUCUUGGAUUGAUAUGCUGUGUGCAAGCAGCCCUAUUGGCAGUCGACUAUGGUCAGGAGUAUACAAAGGCUAUACUUAUUGCUCCAUCUGUUCCAGUGGACCUUCUAUUGAGUCCUGACAGCAAGCGAAAAGAUGUUUCUGGCUUGUCUCUAACUACUGUUCCUGGUGAAGGCAGUGGUAUUCUCAGAAAUUACGGAUUCCAUGCACUUAAUACCUGCAUUAGAGAGCCCGCAGGAUGCCUUACUUAUCUCAAGCCUUUGAUCGGUAAAUCCCCCUCUGAUCCUGCCGCCGCAGUGUUUGCCGAUGAUCAUCCAGGUGUGGAAAUGAUUGAAAUUGAGGGAAGAAAUAGUACCGGAUUCAGAUUUGGUUCUUCAACAUUCUCCGUUGAGGAAAUUGUCGCCAUGAAUCUUGCUGAUAUCAAGGAGCGUGCCCAAAAUAGGUGGGACGAAUUGUCUCCUAAUACCUAUAACGUCAUAGACGAGGUGGCUAUCAGUGUUCCUAGAUAUUACUCUCAGACUGAGAGGAAAGCUCUCGUUGAUGCAGCCGAAAUCUCAGGCAUGAGAGUCGCUGCUUUUGUUGACGAUGGAGUUUCAGCUGCUAUUAGCUAUGCUGAGCAUAGAACUUUCCCAGAGGGUCAGAAACAAUAUAAUAUAAUUUAUGACAUGGGUGCCGGUUCCACAAAAGCUACAUUGGUUUCCGUUGCCACCAUUAACGAUACUCUCACCUUGACAGUAGAAGGUUAUGGAUAUGACCGGGUUCUCGGUGGUCAAGUUUUUACUUCUGCCAUAAAAAACAUUUUGAUCGACAAAUUCAUGGAUCAACACAAAAAUCAUAUUUCAAGAGACGAGUUUACUUCAGAUUCUAGGGCCAUGAACAAACUCUGGCAGGCUGCUGAUAAGGCCAAGCUUGUUCUUAGUGCCAAUACUGAAACUAGGGUUUCCCUAGACAACUUGUAUGCUGAAAGAGACCUUAGAUGCGUUGUUUCUCGGGAAGAAUUUGAACAAAAAGUUAACGAAUUAAUCGAGAACUCUUCAAUACCCCUCAAAACUGCUCUAGGUGAUUUGCCACUGGCCGAACUCAAUUCUGUAAUUUUAGUUGGUGGUUCUACUAGAGUUCCGGCUGUUCAAAAGAGGCUUGCUGCGUACCUUGGUAGUCCAGAUAAGCUAUCCAAAAAUGUUAAUGCUGACGAGGCUGUUGUAUACGGACUUACAUUGAGAAGUGCGGGCAUGGCCGGCUACAAAAGAAGAAGAAACAUCGACGUUAUAGACAGGGCUGAGAACGAGUUAGCUGUUGCAAUAAAUGGCUUGACCGAGCGUGAGGUAAUUAUUGAAAAGGGUGCCGCCAUCGAGAAGUUUACAAUACCACAUAAUUUUACACUUCUCCAUGGACAGACAGGCAGUCUGAAUUUGACUUUCUUUGAGGGAGCUGUUCCUUUCAGGGAAUACCACCUAGAAUUGUCUUUAACCGAAGACACAUGCCCCGAGGGGCUAUACUACACCUCGGAUGUGGUAAUAAAGAGAUCAGGUGUGGUUCAUUUGAAAUCGAUGAAGGCAGUCUGUAUAAAAGAUGCUAAAACCACCACCACACUACCGACUACACCAGAAGCUGUUGGAAUAAAGCCUUUGAAUCCAAAACAAAUGAAAGAUUCUAAACAGAAGUUGGCGGCUCUCAAUGUUCAAGAUAAAGAUCGGAUAUAUCGUGAAUCGCUUAUCAAUUCAUUAGAGGCUUCUUUAUAUGACAUGAGGGAUUACCUUGAAGAUGAAGAAGUGAUCAAGAAAGGACCACAGGAUUUAAUUAUAAAAGCUGGGAAAUUAGUUUCGGAGCUUUUGAUAUGGCUUGAUGAUGAGGCCCCUACUAGCUCUACUAAAGAGAUCAAGAAACGUCUUGGAAAGCUGCAACGGUAUAGAAGUAAACUUCAUACAUACGUUGCCACACCUGAUGAAUUACUUACACUUGAUAACUUUGUUCAGUUGACAAAUGACUCCACAACUUUAAUGCACGAGCUUCAGGACUUCAUGGUGACCAUGUCCGAGGAUGCCAUGGAGAUGCAGGAAACGUAUGAGAAGAACAAUCUCAAUUUUGAGGAGGCUAGUGGAAAAUUGAAUUUUGAAAUGAAGGGGGAAACAGAGGCUGAAUUAUUAGAUGCCGUUAAGCACACCAACAAGUUAGCGGAGAUAGUAAAGGAGCUCGAGGCCGGUUCAGAGGGUGUCAAAGGGAAGUCGCGUAGGGAACUUAUAGAUCUUAGAGAGUCAUCACUUUCAACCAUUAAGAGGUUGAAGAAGUGCAUGAAAACUUUACAGAUGGUUCAUGAUACCAGACUUAACUUUUUAAAAGAGAGGCUGCGGACUGCUCUCAACACCAGGGCCAGGAAGGCCAAGAAGAAUAGUAUAGAUAAGGCUGAGACUGAGACCAAGACUGAAAUAACAGAUAAAGUUCCCCAACAAGACAACUCUACGGCAAGUACCAGCCAUAAUUCUUCAUCAUCAGGUAAUGUUGAACAUGAUGAGUUAUAA